GAAGGAAGAGAAUCGAAACAGAAACCAAAGUCAGGCAAACUAUAAGAACCGCCUGGCGGAAGUCUGGACUCCAAGCAGGAGCGUCACCCGAGUUCCAGCGAACCGCGGAGUCGGAGGAGCAGCGCCGGCCCGCCAGCUCGCAGCCGCCGGCAGCCGCGUCCCCCACGCCCCGCGCGCCCUGCGCUCCUGCCCCGCGCGCCUGCCUGGGGACCCUGCGGGCAACUUUGUAGUUGUGGACCACAUCCCUGCCGAUCCUGCUGCUCUAAAGCAGAACAGCGCCCCCCACAUCUCACCUGUUGAAUACAGAACAACCACCUGACCAUCUCCUUGGGAGAAUCCUCUCCCUUCUCUGAGAGCUAAAGAUGAGCGGGCAUUCCACGGACAAGAGCUUCCGCUAUCUCAUCUCCUGUUUCAGAGCCAGAGUGAAAAUGUGCAUUCAGGUGGAGCCCGUGCUGGACUACCUGACUUUUCUGCCCGCAGACGUGAAGGAGCAGGUUCAGAGAGAGGCCGCCACCAGCGGGAACAUACACGCAGUUGAACUGCUUUUGAGCACCUUGGAGAAGGGGGACUGGCCCCUUGGCUGGGCUAGGGAAUUUGUGGAGGCCCUCCAGCGGGCAGGCAACCCUUUAGCGGCUCGCUACAUGAACCCCGAGCUCACAGACUUGCCCUCUCCAGCAUUUGAGAACACUCAUGAUGAGUGUCUCCAGUUGAUCAACCUCCUUCAGCCCACUCUGGUGGACAAGCUUUUGGUUAGAGAUGUCUUGGACAAAUGCAUGGAAGAGGAACUUUUGACAACUGAAGACAGAAACCGGAUUACUGCUGCAGAAAAUAAUGGAAACGAAUCAGGUGUAAGAGAGCUACUGAAAAGGAUUGUACAGAAAGAAAACUGGUUUUCUACAUUUCUGACUGUUCUGCGUGAAACGGGAAACGAUGAACUUGCCCAAGAGUUAAUAGGCACCAGUAGCUCUGAAAGCAAUGCAGAACUUGAGAAUUUAUCACAAAAAGAAGGUCCUGAAGUUAAAGAGCCACUUCUUUUUGCCACAGAUGAGCCAAGUUCAGAAAAAGAGGGCUGGGACACUGAGAAUAAUUCACCAGAAUCAUCUUUUGCAGAUUCUUCUGUGGUAUCAGUUAAACAAUAUUUCUCAUCCUUGAGGAUGGAAUUGCUUACGUCCUUGCAAAUAAACUGUAAGGAGGGAAUUCUUCCUCUGAAGGAAAGAAGGUUUUCAAAAGGAAUUGAUAAAUCAGACACAAGUUUGGCAGAAGGAAGUGUCAGCUGCUUAGAUGAAAGUCUUGGACAUAACAGCAACAUGGGCAGUGAUUCAGGCACCAUGGGAAGUGAUUCAGAUGAAGAAAAUGAGGCAGAACGAGCAUCCCCUGAGCCAGAGUUGCAUCUCAGAUCUUACCAAAUGGAAGUUGCCAAGCCAGCCUUGGAAGGGAAGAAUAUCAUUAUAUGCAUCCCUACAGGGAGUGGGAAAACAAGAGUGGCUGUUUACAUUGCCAAGGAUCACUUGGACAAGAAGCAAAAAUCAUCUGAACCUGGAAAAGUGAUAGUCCUUGUCAAUAAGGUACACUUGGUGGAACAGCUUUUCCGCAAAGAGUUUGAACCAUUUUUGAAGAAAUGGUAUUGUGUGACUGGAUUGAGUGGUGACACCCAGCUGAAAAUAUCAUUUCCAAAAGUUGUCAAAUCCCAUGAUGUUAUUAUCAGUACGGCUCAAAUCCUUGAAAACUCCCUUUUAAACUCAGAAAAAGGAGAAGAUGAUGGUGUCCAGUUAUCAGAUUUUUCCCUCAUCAUCAUUGAUGAAUGCCAUCACACCAACAAGGAAGCAGUUUAUAAUAACAUCAUGAGGCGUUACCUGAAACAGAAGUUGAAAAACAAUAGACUCAAGAAAGAAAACAAACCAGUAAUUCCGCUACCUCAGAUACUUGGAUUAACUGCUUCACCUGGUGUUGGAGGGGCCAAUAAGCAAGCCAAAGCAGAAGAACACAUUUUAAAAAUAUGUGCCAAUCUUGAUGCAUUUACCAUUAAAACAGUGAAAGAAAAUAUUGAUCAACUCAAAGACCAAAUAAAGGAGCCAUGUAAGAAGUUUGCAAUUGCAGAUAUCACCAGAGAAGAUCCAUUUAAAGAGAAGCUUCUGGAAAUAAUGACAAGGAUUCAAACUUUUUGCCAAAUGAGUCCAAUGUCAGAUUUUGGAACUCAACCCUAUGAACAAUGGGCUAUUCAAAUGGAAAAAAAAGCUGCAAGAGAAGGAAAUCGCAAAGACCGUGUUUGUGCAGAGCAUUUGAGAAAGUACAAUGAAGCCCUACAAAUUAAUGACACUAUCCGAAUGAUUGAUGCAUAUGAUCACCUUGAAACAUUCUAUAAUGAGGAGAAAGAAAAGAAGUAUGCAGUCCUAGAAGACGGUAGUGAUGAAAAUGAUGACAAUGAUAGUGAUGAUGGUAACAAAGAUGAGGAUGCUGUAAAGAAACCUAUGAAACUGGAUGAGACAGAUAGAUUUCUCAUGACUUUAUUUUUUGAAAACAAGAAAAUGUUGAAAAAGCUGGCUGAAAAUCCAGAACAUGAAAAUGAGAAGUUGAUCAAAUUAAGAAACACCAUAAUGGAACAAUACACUAGGACUGAGGAAUCUGCACGGGGAAUAAUUUUCACAAAAACAAGACAGAGUGCCUUUGCCCUUUCCCACUGGAUUACUGAAAAUGAGAAAUUUGCAGAAGUAGGAGUCAAAGCUCACCAUCUGAUUGGAGCUGGACACAGCAGCGAGUUCAAGCCCAUGACACAGAAUGAACAAAAAGAAGUCAUUAGUAAAUUUCGCAGUGGAAAAAUAAAUCUGCUUAUCGCUACCACAGUGGCAGAAGAAGGUCUGGAUAUCAAAGAAUGCAAUGUUGUCAUCCGUUAUGGGCUUGUCACUAAUGAAAUAGCCAUGGUCCAGGCCCGUGGUCGAGCCAGAGCUGAUGAGAGCACCUAUGUUGUGGUUGCCAACAGAGGUUCAGGAGUUAUUGAGCGUGAGACGGUUAACGAUUUCCGAGAGAAAAUGAUGUAUAAAGCUAUAGACCAUGUUCAAAAUAUGAAACCAGAGGAGUAUGGUCGUAAGAUUUUGGAAUUACAGAUGCAAAGUAUAAUGGAAAAGAAAAUGAAAAUCAAGAGAAGUAUCGCAAAGCAUUACAGGAGCAAUCCAUCACUAAUAACUUUCCUUUGCAAAAACUGUAGUGUGCUGGCCUGUUCAGGGGAAGAUAUUCAUGUCAUUGAAAAGAUGCAUCAUGUCAAUAUGACACCAAGAUUCAAGGACCUCUACAUUGUGAGAGAAAACAAAGCACUACAAGAGAAGUUUGCCGACUAUCAAACAAAUGGUGAAAUUAUCUGCAAAUGUGGCCAAGCUUGGGGAACAAUGAUGGUGCACAAAGGCUUAGACUUGCCUUGUCUCAAAAUAAAGAAUUUUGUAGUGGUUUUCAAAAAUAAUUCACCAAAGAAGCAAUACAAGAAAUGGGUGGAAUUGCCUAUCACAUUUCCGGAUCUGGACUACUCAGAAUACUGUCUGUUUAGUGAUGAAGAUUAACGCUGGAUUCAAGAUCCUUUUAAAAUUUUAUCAACUUAGUAUUUAAUAUGAUUUUGAUAAAUGUUUUCAUUAUGCCACAGAACUGAAGUGAGAAUUAAUAAAAUCAUUGCUUUACCCUGCA